CUGGAGGACGUGGUAGAAGAGGGGGUGGAGGGGGUCAGAAUCAACGGCGCGGUGGUGGUGGAGGUGGUGGCCACAGUAACAUGAACAAUGAUGGAAAUAAUAGGUACAACCAGGAAAGGGAUAGCUUAAGUUCUGCGUCUACGACUUGCGUGUCUUUGGAUGAGCUUCCGAUUCCUGCACGGGACUUUUUCUCAAGUCAAUUCCGUACACUGGCAGACGCGGAGGGUACUUGUCUACCUUUCACCGAUACCACUGGUGCGUCGUCCUCAUCAACGACCUCAAAUUGUUCAUCAUCGUCUUGUCUCUACGCAGUUGCGCCUACACUGCGUUGUUCACUAGGAGAGGCUGUGCUGAUUCUCGCUGAAUUCUACAAUCGCAGUUUGCUUGCUUUCCUGAACUUCAGGGAACAAAAUGCGAGUUCUACCUCGUCUUCGACUUCGUGCAUUCUGCGUCUCAGCGCUCUUUCACAGGAAGCUCUUGAGGGUCGCGCACGAAGAGCAUUCCUCAGUGACGUCGAUGUCUUGGCCCAGUUGACGCUCUCUGCACUGUCUAUAGCACUUGUGCGACUCAGCGUAUCCGCAUUGGCCGAUUUGCGGAAUGGUAUCAAACAAGGAGACGCAUCUGCAUCUCCUACCGGCGCAGCUGGAAAAAGCACCUUUUCAUUGUUAGAGCUUGCUUUACCUCCGUCUUCAUCUUCCAGGAGUUCGACUUUUCAGAACGCAAUAAGCAAAGCUCUUACCCACAAGCAAAGCUUGCUCAAGAGUCCGCUUGUCAUAGGGCCAAAUUGGGGUGCGAUCGGAACUUCGACGUCUAAUUUUAUGACGGUCGGAAAUGAACUGUCGCGUAUAUGACCAACACAAGAAAUGAAAAUCUUGUCGCGAGUUUUGCGUUUGCCAGAGCCAGCCACAUUCCAUCUCUAACUUCCAUUCCACUUCCACUUCACCUAACGCUCAAGGCCCUGAUUUCCGUUGGAUCCGGCAGAGCACGUCCAAAGACGACCGCUGUAGACGGAUGGUCGAGAUGAUGCGGACACUACAAGCGGCUUGGAGCUUAGGAUACUGUCAUCCUGAAACUGGCGAGCUACAAGCUUUAAGGCAUGCAAACUUUUGUGCUGAAAAGACUGAGGUGAUUGAGCUUUUAGCGACAGGAGUGGAAAAUCCGCAAUCAUGCGUAGGUGGUAGCGGAGAGGAAAAAUUCCCCUCGUUUUUGCAAAGUAGUACCACUGCAGGACGAACAGGAAUUUCGGGACCAUCGACCACAAGUAAGACGUCAUCGACUACAACUAGCUAUAGCAAACUCGUGCAGGCGCUAGGAGGUGCUGACAGGGUCGAAGUAGCGCGCUCCUUUCUGUAUAGUGGAACCUUGGAGGAAGAUCCUGUUCCUGUUGUGCAGAUCAGUAAUAUCAUUGAACCUGCUCAAUCGAUUGGAGGAACCGAAAGCACAGCGAUAACAGGUGGACCCGACGUCCCACCACAAGCUCAAGGUGGAGGAGCUGCAGAUGCAGGAGCUGCGACAGCAGGAGGAGCAGACCAGCAGAACAAGAGUGCUUCUUCAUGCUGUUGCGGCCCGCCUCCAACGGUUCUUCCGCCUGUCAAAGCUCCCGACAUGGAGCGCCUUGGACAAGCGUUUAGCUCGCCUGUUGAUGCUGGAGCACGGGCUGGUGUAGUUCAAUCGACUAUAACAACCACAGCGUCAAAUGCAAAUACUUUCACAACGACAACAACGAAAGAGCUCGACGUUCUCCCAGCAAGUCAAAAGAAAACAAUUGGCAAAACGCAAGUGACUGUGAUGGCCGGCGCACCGCGAGUAAACACAACCGUAAUGGACUUAGCCAGGCUUCACGCAGAAAGCGGGAAACGAGUCGUAGCUCUCUCCGCUGCUGCAGGAUACUCAGUUGGAGGUGGUUCGUUGACCGGUUCUCGACACGCACUCGAAGAAUCUUGGUGUCUCACCACGACGUUGAUGAAAAGCUUGUUACAUGCAGAGUUUCAGAUGGCGCAGCGCGUACGAAGACGGACAGGUGCUGACGUAGGGAGUAAGACCAAUGAAGGGAGAGAAGCAGCACUGAGUGUGUCAGCGUCUGGACCAGCUGAUGCUAGUAGAGGAUGGGGAGCUUCGAGUACUGACACGUCGUCAAAGUCAAACUCAAAUAGUGCAACUGGCAUGUCUCAACAGCAACUAGCGGCGAACCCAAAAAUUGCACGUGGAAGGCCAUACAAGUACUUGCCGACCUAUGGCUGUGUUAUGUCACCAAGGGUCGAGGUGUUUCGGAAAUCAGCUUUUGAGGGAUACCGCUUUCUUGCGAAGCCGGUGGUGCUGGAUGGCGUCGUCUCGCUUGCCGCGUUUAACUGCAAUGCUGUUAUGGCUUCGGAUGCAGCACGUACUUGUUACAGUCGCAGAUGACUAUCCCUAAAUUUUCGAGCGUCCUUCAGCAUCAGUUUGUUAAACAUUUUGAACAAUUCUCCCACGCGUCUCGAUCUCUAACUGCCCCGUUUCUGAUUCUCCGCUCGAUGCUCCGACUGACCCUGCAGCUUACCAACUAGGCCUUCGGCGAAAAUGGUUCGUGGCGCUGGCGACUGCGGCUUUCACCUUUCAGCAUGAUGAACUAGGCAAUGCGGAAGCGGAUAGCAGUAUUCCGAAAGCCAAAGUCCUAGUCGUUCCAGACAUCGGGUGUGGCGUUUUCAAGAACCCCCCUGAAGAUGUGGGAGCAGCUUUUUUCGACAUGCUGUCGAAGUUCUUCGUGCAGAGUGGUAUCUUUGAUGAGGUGAUUUUGUGUGGAGGCAAAGCGUUCUGUGAUGCGGCGGCGGGAGGCGGGAAUGAUGCAACUUGAAUGAUGUAGAUAGUUAUUUCGCGCAGCAGGUGGUUUUCAAGUUGAUGAUACAAAAGUUUGUAGCAGGAUGUAAAUGUCAAAAUAAAAGCUUCAUCUCCAUGAUGUUGUGGGGUAUAGUGGAUAAUCUUCAGGGUGGAUCAUUGAGAUUGAUGUAAAGAUACAAUUACACUUACAGCAGUUGCUUGUAGUAGUCUAUCCUUGCUGAUACAACUCAGCGUGUGACGUUAACAUUUCUAGUCCUUUUAAGGCUUUAGCCGAUCGGCGUUUCGUCCUACGGCAGUUGAUGUGAGAAGCAUGUGCAACAAGUAGUGGACAAAAUAGUACUGAGCGCGCCCGUUAUUGUUAUUCUUAAAUAUUGGGACUUGACUUGGACUUCUUGCAAAGAUGUAAGUUGUGCACAGGGACAGGUGUCUUGUAACAAUGUGGCAUGAAUGUCUUUACAGUAGACGACCGAGACCGACAUCCUAAGCUGCCUUGACGACCGACAUCCUAAGCUGCCUAAUAGCCAUACGACUGGAAAAGUAAAAC